AUGGGUGCUGCGAGGUUUCAGAACCCGCUCCAAGACAGAUGCGAUGGAAUGGACAGACAUGCUAAGUUUCCAAAGGGUUUACGACGAAACACAAACAUCAUUGCUCUCUCGAUAAGCAUUGGGCUGGCUUACUCGAUGUGCUGCACGUCAGAGCCANCUACUAAACACUUACCUGCCACCUCAAGACACGGAGACGACUAUCUCGUGCGCGCCUCUUUCGCCUACUCACACGGAGACAACUAUCUCGUGCUCGCCCCUUUCGCCUACUCGUCCGUGGUCCGGUGCUCGCCCCGUACUCGUGCUCGCCCCCUACGGCCCCGUACUUGCUCCGUACUUGCCCAGUACUUGCCCCGUACUCGCCCCGUACUCGUGCUCGCCCCCUACGGCCCCGUACUUGCCCCGUACUCGCCCAGUACUCGUCCAAGUACUUGCCCCGUACUCGCCAAAUACUUGCCCAGUACUCGCCCCGUACUCGCCCCAUACUUCCACGUACUCGCCCUGUACUUGCCCAGUACUCGCCCAAUACUUGCCCCGUACUCUCCCAGUACUCUCCCAGUACUCGUCCAGUACUUCCACGUACUCGUCCCGUACUCGUCCCGUACUCACCCCGUACUCGUGCUCGCCCCCUACGGACCCUCGAACAAGAUGUGUUUUCAUAAGUAUACCCUACACUUGUGUCGCCACAAGAGCAUGUUGGUCAAAACAUGCGAUCGAGAGACACUGGCCAGCAUGGCCCCCUUCUGCGACCACUACCAAGUCUUGAAAGAGUCCUCCAUCUGGCUCUGUGGUGGAACCUACUGCAAAAAGGACCAGGAAACUGCCAAUUGGAUCGAGAACGGAUCGGCCUUGCUGGAAGCUUGUGAUGAAGAUCUCCAAGACAAUCAGAAUCGCCUUAAGGACCUCUAUCGAGAGCUUGAAGAUAUUCAAGUUCGAAGAGAUGCUUGGGGCAUAUUGAUGGAGAACUUCACCGAGAAUGCACAAGGUAAGGACCAAGAGUACGCUCAAUUGAGAGAAACAAACGGAGAGAUCAAAAACAGACGCCUCCUUAUCGUGGGAGGUAUCAGGACAGCCAGACAGAAGCAGCAAGACACGAAACAACGUGUCUUCGACAUGUGCAAACAAGCUCAAGCUCUCAAGGAGGCCAAGAUGCGUAGAGUGGAACAGUAUGUCGAGGGACAGGCAAUGCAACCUCCCCCUUUCAUUUCACCACAAGCCGCUCCCAGAACCGACAACUUGGUGCAAAGAAGAAUGCUCAGUCGCGCAGAUUCUGGCCUUUGGGAGGGUGGAGACUUAUCUGGUACUCCCUGUCGCACUACCACCAAUGCCAUCUCUCCGACCAAGCCUACGUCGAGCAAGCCCUUCCAAGCACAAAUGGACUACAGUCCUCCGACCUUGGCACCGGCCUUCUCAUUCACGAACCAACAGGCGACUGUUGAGCGCAACCCCUCACCACCUAAGAAGAGACGUGGAAGACCACCCAAGAUUAAGCCCGACGCCUCUGCACCUGGAUACUCUUACCAGAUCUCACCCACCUCCGCCAAUACCACUGGAAAGUCUACUGCCGAAUACGAGAGCAGAAAGCGCAGAGCGACAAAGACUGCCAAAGCCAACGUUUCACCUGCUCAGAAGUUGCCAUCAUCAGGCACACGCCGUAGCGGUCGUGUUAAGCAGAAAAUCAGCUAUGCUGAAUCUCCCACCUCCUCCCCCGAACGCCCUCUCCCUGAGCGAUUUGAUGCUGGAAUGGAGUCCGCAGCUGUCAACGAGCCUGGAAGACCAACACGAGUUGGCAGAGUCCCAAGCAACAAGAGAUAUUACGAAGAAGAAGUGUACACUCCCGAUGAGGAGGAUGAUCGCUACGAUGCAAGAAACGAUGGCGAUUGGCAAGGCAAUGAUGGCAUGGGAGAAGAUGACAUGGAUAUCGAUGUGCCUCCUGCUCAGCAAGAACGCUGGACUACGAAGCGUGCCGCGACCUCUCCACCAAGAGAUCCACGACUUCUCAAACGCCAGAACACCACAGCCUACCAGGAUGUUAGACACAGUGACUUCGAUCACUAUGGCGAACAAAGCCCCGAGAAAAGCUACAGACAGUACAAGUCUCCAGGUCAGGGCCAUGGAUGGUCUUACUUGGAGAAACCUAUCAUCCAACCUAAUUCUAGAACUGCAUCCAACAGGUCCAACAAGCAACCUUUGGCAGCUUCGCCUAAGCUGUCUUCUCACAACACCUACAUAUCUGUAUCUCCUCAAGUCAACCGCAACGGUCGUUACAACACCCCUCCAUACAGCAGCAUCAGAAACGGAAAGACAUCGACUCCUCACUAUCAGACCAGCCCGCUCGCACAGGAGAUGGUCCUUGCGUCUAUGGAGGUUGGAGGCCAGCAAGACAACGGCCGUGACCUCUCGCCUAUGCGUCGUUCCGACAUGCUCAAUGGUCUCGGAGAAGCAGUGAUGUUGGAACCAGUCGACGACUUCGACGAUGCCAACUACGAUUUUGACGUUGGCGCUAUGAGCAGACAGGUCGCUGAGCUCGACGCCCAGCAAAACUAG